CACAAGGAGUUCGACUGAAAAUCUCAAAACCCCAUUAAACCCUACGUUAGCUUCUUCUCUGUUCAUCUUCCUUCAUCCUCAGCUAUGAGUCUUCGGCUGAUGCUUCAUCUUCAACCAUCGAGCUGCUUGGGAUUCCAUAGAAGCUGGCAGGGAGAUUGGAGGCGAAUUUGAUAUCUGCCGAGAUUGGUAUUACCAUAAGACUGGAAUCCGUGAUUUUGGCGAGUUGCUUUCUCUUCGGCUGUGCUUACAUGAAUUGUCGUCUUCGCUAAGACUGUAAAGCAUGAAGCUUGAUUUAGUUGUCAGAUCUGCAUAUGUUUGGCUUGGUGUCAGGGGCAUUACAGGACCUUUGCAAUCGUGCUCAUUCCAGCAUGAUUUUGUUCCCAGAGAUCCCAAAGCCAAGCCUAAGCGGUAUAAAUACCCAGCUUUUUAUGAUCCAUAUGGCCCUAGACCUCCGCCCUCAGAUAAAAUCAUACCGCUUGCUGAGCGCAUAGCUGGAAUGCCGCCUGAUGAACGUGCCCAAAUUGGGCUUGCUCUUCAAGAGAGACUACGGCAUCCCAAGAUGCAGACGAUCUCUACUGAAGACAUGGACCUAGGCCCACAAGGAGGAGCAGGUGCAAGAUCCGCCAAGGCUGAUGAAAAAAAGGCAGAGAAAACAACAUUCGAUGUGAAGCUGGAGAAAUUCGAUAUAGCUGCAAAGAUUAAAGUGAUUAAAGAAGUCGGGGCAUUCACCAAUUUGGGGUUGAAGGUGGCUAAGGACCUUGUCGAGAAGGCCCCUGUUUUGCUUAAAUAGGGUGUCACCAAGGAAGAGGCAAAUGACAUAAUGGAGAA